AUGAAAACUGACGGCGGAGCACAAUAUAGAGCGGAAAAAGAAGUAAAGAAGAUUACCAACAAGAUGUGUAGAGAUGGUCUUAUUUCCAAGAAGCUGAAAGAUUAUUUAAUACAGAAACAUCCAGUUAUUGGCAAAUUGAAGGGAAAUCCCAAAAUUCACAAGCGUGAGAAUCCAUACAGAACGAUUGUUAGUGGAAUUGGAACUGCAACAGAGCGCAUGGCAGAAGUAGCGGAGAAGGAACUUAAUGAAUAUGUUGAAAAUAGUCCCAGCUACUUAAAAGAUACCACAGAUUUCUUAAACAAACUGAAACUGAUUCCCCUACCUAUCCCAGAAGGAGUGAUUUUGUUUUGUUUUGACGUAGUCAAGUUGUACCCAUCUAUACCCAGACGAGAAGGUUUAACAGCUUGUGAAGAAGCUCUCCAAUGCAGAACUAACCCAAAUGUCACAACAGAAGCGGUUAUGAAAAUGAUAAAUACGGUACUAACGAACAAUGUUUUUUCAUUCAAUAAUAGCGAGUAUGUCCAGAAGGAAGGAGUGGUGAUAGGGUCAAAGCUAGGUCGUAAUUUUGCUUGUUGCUACAUGCGCAAAUGGGACGAGAAGUUGGAGAAUGAAAAAGUACCAAUGUUUUACAAGCGUUACACUGAUGACGGAUUUGGACUGUGGCAACAUGGACUAGAAGAUCAUUUAAAAUUCAGAGAUUUUGCGAAUCAGAUACACCCGAACAUAAAAGUGGAAUUAAGGUGGCAUACAACAAGAAUAGAAUUUCUGGACACGACAGCAAUUCCGUAUGGAUUAGGAGUAAGACUGAAAAGGAUUUGCUCGACGAAAGCAGACUACGCCAAACACAGACAGGAACUAAGAGGCCAGCUAAGGAGGAGGGGUUACAGCGGAAAGUUUAUUGAAAAUCAGCUGGAUAGAGUAGACAAGAUAGAUAGGGCUAAACUAUUAACACCACAGAAACUCAAAAAAGAGAAAAUGAAGAGGGUACCUGUAGUAGUGACUUACUCCAGACAUCUCCCGAAUUUACAUAAUAUUGUACGUAAACAUAUGAACACUUUACACAAAUCAGAACGAAUGAAACAUAUAUUCAGUGACACCCCAAUUGUGGCUUACCGCAGGAACACGAAUAUUUCUGACCUUUUGGUACAUGGAAAGACAAACAAGGUUAUGAAGCAAUACCAAACGGGCGAUUUGAAACCAAGAUGUAACGGAAAGUGCGUGGUAUGUGAAAUGAUAGACAAAGGGAGGCACAAUAAUGACAAGGCUAUAGCGGCACGGAUAGAUCGAACUCAUACCUGCCAGGCAUGGAACCUGAACAUAAAUUCCUAUAUUGGUGAAACGUCAAGAUCGCUGAAGGAGAGAUUGCGAGAACAUGAAGCGGACAUACGGCUGAAACGUACGAAACCAGUGGCAGAACAUUUCAAUACGCCUGGUCAUAGCAUAGGUGAUGUCGGGGUGUCGGUGUUAAAACACAUGAAGGAAAACAGUAGAUACUACCGACAGAUCAAGGAGCUUGAGUGGAUCCACGAGUUGCAGACAGAGGCGCCAAAUGGACUUAAUACGAAAGCGAAACUUGGGGUUCUUUGGAGAGAAUAUAAAUAA